AAGCAUUGGCGCAAGCAAAGCGUGUGGAACUGAAUUCCUUGCGUCUCCUCUGCUCUUGGCAUCUCCUCCUCGAUCUCUUCUUGCUAUAUAUAGCUUCGGGAGAUCAGAGGGGGUGUGUAGCUUAGACACAGGGGAGCAGGUGCAGCAAUGGCCAUGGGCAUGAAGGGUUUCCUGGUGCUGACGCUUGGGCUCGCGAUGGCGGCGACCUCGUCGGCGGUCACCUACAAGGUCGGCGAUAGCUCCGGCUGGACCAUCCUCGGCAACAUCAACUACACCGACUGGACUACGAAGAAGAACUUCCAUGUUGGAGACAUCAUAGAGUUCGUGUACCCCCAGGGCAUCCACAACGUGCUGGAGGUGACGAAGGACGCCUACGACAGCUGCAGCAACUCCACCCCCAUCGCCACGCACACCUCCGGCGACGACAAGAUUGCCAUCAAGAGGCCCGGCCACCGCUUCUUCAUCUGCGGCGUGCCCGGCCACUGCGCCGCCGGCCAGAAGGUCAACAUCCGCGUCCUCAAGCCGCGGUCCUCUGACGCCCCUUCCAAGGCGCCCGCGCCCGCGCCCGCGCGCUCGUCGUCGGCGGCGUCCCCCAGCGGCGGCAGCGAGCCGAGCGCCGCCUCGCCGCCGGCCGCGUCGUCGACGGACAGCACCCCCGACACGCCGGCCACCACCGCGCCCGCGCCCAACGCUAAUGGCGCCGGGGUCGUCCGAGCAGGUUACCGGGCUGUCGCGGCCAUGGCGUUGGCGGCGGUCGCAUCCAUGGCAGUGCUACAGUAGGUAGCCGCUCCCUAGUGGCCGUGUGCAUUGUGUCGCCACGAUGUGUGCCUGAUUGUGAAACUUUUUUUUAUUGUUCUUGUUCGCUUUGCAGAUGCGUCUGAUUGCUCAGAAUCUGUGCUUUUUCUCUGUUCAGAUAUUAAUUUGUCUAUUGUUUCUCUGUUUAUCAUUAUGAUCCAUGGACAUUUUGUAUCAGUGAGAUGCUCUAGUGUUAAUGAUCCA